GCUGAGGCUUGCGAGAGUCCCGGAUCAAUUUCAUCCUCCCACAUCAUUGACGAGACAAGGAUCUGAAAAAUGCCCAGUGUCCCAACAACAAAAGAUGUUGUGCCAGGGGCGCUAGUCAACAUCGUUCUCAAAGCCGACCAGCCAACGGGCCGCACAGUCCAAGGCGCCGUGUUGCAGCUGUUGACCCGAGGCAAUCAUCCUCGCGGCAUAAAGGUGCGGCUGACAGAUGGCAGGGUGGGCCGAGUCCAGAGCAUGGCGGGACCCACUGAGCCGACGCCUGAGGGUUCUCAGGGCCAAUCCGUCAGCACCGAGAGGACUGCCGGUGUUGGACAGGGAGAUGCCGCAACGGUGGGCGAAAGGAGACGACACCGUGGUGGCUGGAUGCAGCGAGACGCACGCGAAGAGCAACCCCCAUCGACGCAGGCCAUCGGCUUAGAUGCUUACAUCAAGCCGGCCAAGAAGCGCGGAAAGGGAAAGAAUGCAGGGAACGCGACGACAGGGGCGCCAAGUGAUGCGGCGGAUGACGCAGGCUCCAUGCUGAGACAUUCUCAAACGUCUCAGCCCAACCAGCCGCCUGAGCUCGAGGCGUCAACCUGUCCCGUCUGUGGCGAUUUCAGAGGCGACGCCGCAGCCUUGACGCACCACGUGCAAUCUCACUUUGACGACUAGACGACAUUUGGCAUCAGUUCAGAGUGAAGGGGACGCGGAACGGGAGGUACUUCACACCAAGGCAGUUUCACAUGACACACACACUGAAGGACUUCCAGGAUCA